UCUUCUUUAUAUUGAUCCCGCAAUUAUUUCAAAGAAAGCGCUCUCCUCCCACUUCUCCAAAUAAGGCUAUUUAGAUGCUUUCCAGAUGAGUGGAGGUGUGCUGAAACAGAGCUGACAGCUGAGUAUAUCACAGCCAACACCAUCCUUCACUCUCUCCCCUCCCCCUCCCCUUUCUCAGCCACACACACUUUCAGUGUCUCGCUCCUCCAGUGAUGGAGAUUACUGACUAUUAUGGGCAAGGGAUUAAUUUGUAGCCAAUUACAAUCCACUGCUAAAUAUGAAUGCAUAAAUACGAUACAGCCUUGCCCGCGUGUGUGUGUGAGUGACGGGGGAGGGGGGGGGGCAUAAAUGUUUAGGUAGCCCUGUGAGGAUGAUGAGAAGAAAGAAGGAGCAACUGAGUGGAGCAUCACCCUUUGACUUCCUUCAUCCACGGGAGAAUCCAAUUCAGGUUGGAUCUAGCCACGUGCAAUCCUGUAGACCUAAAGGAACCAGCUCGCCUCUGUGCUAAAUUGACGAUAAACAAAGCAGCUCCCGAGUUGAUUGCAAGACAGGAGUUUCCAGCUGAAGUUCGCAGAAAGGGAAAGAGUUGCAAUUGGAAGGGGCUCUGAAAAGAGUCAUGAAUGUGAGCAGAGACAAGACUCAGGGGGGUGACAUCUCUAUCCCAGCAGCAGCAGCAGCAAGCCAGGCUGGCAUUGUAGUGGAGCCAGUGUCCGGCUGCCUUCACGGGGAAAGCAUGGACAGCCACGGGGACCAGAGACUUUCUUCCAGCAACGACCUCCCAGUCUAUUCGUGUCCUGGAAAUAGAGACAGGCCAGGCGACAAUCAGAGCAACACCCCUGGACAAGAGGGGGGGGUGGCAGCCCUGCCCGUGGUCCACAGAACCACUUCUUUUUCAGUGCUGGACAUUCUGGAUCCCAACAAAUUCAACAGCAAAAAGCGGCAAUGUUCUGUGUUGUACAAAUCCGCAGGGAGCGAAUUCACUCUAGGGGCAGAGGAUAAACCCGAGGAGUCAGGAACGGAACUAGCGGAUCAAAAGGCUCUGAGUGAAGAUUUUGAAACGUGCAAAAAGUCCUCGGACUUACUCAAGGACGGGGAGCUGCACAAGGCCGAGGAGUGCGACCUGGACUACGGCAGCAGGCCCAGCCCCGGCGCCGAGAGCGAGCUGCAGGACGAGGAGGAGCUGUGCAGCGAGGAGAGCAGCAGCAGCAGCAGCCUGGGCGGCGUGGCGGGGUCCGGCGAGGCAGAGCCCGGCCACCACCCCGAGGACGGGGAGCCGGGCAGCCAGGAGCAGCCGCCGCCGCCGGCCCAACCCCCUGCCCCCGGCGGGGGCCCGCAGGCCAAGCCCAAGAGGAAGCGCACGGGCUCGGACUCCAAGUCGGGCAAGCCCCGGCGGGCGCGGACCGCGUUCACCUACGAGCAGCUGGUGGCGCUGGAGAACAAGUUCAAGUCCACGCGGUACCUGUCGGUGUGCGAGCGCCUCAACCUGGCGCUGUCGCUCAGCCUGACCGAGACCCAGGUCAAGAUCUGGUUCCAGAACCGCCGCACCAAGUGGAAGAAGCAGAACCCGGGCGCCGACACCAGCGCCCCGACAGGCGGCGGGGCAGGAGGCGGCGGGGCCGGAGGGGGGCUGGGGGGAGGCGGCCUGGGCGGCGGGCUGAGCCCGCUCAGCCACUCGCCGCCCAUGGGCAACCCGCUCUCCAUGCACGGCCCCGGGGGCUACCCGGGACACCCCACCGGGGGGCUGGUGUGCGCUGCCCAGCUGCCCUUCCUGCCCAGCCCCGCCGUCCUCUCGCCCUUUGUCCUGGGCUCGCAGACUUACGGGGCUCCGGCCUUCUACACCCCGCACCUAUAAACCUACCUCCCCCGGCCCCGGGACUGCGAGCCGCUGGAGCAGCAGACCCUGGGAAGGAUACUACGCGCCGCGCCCUCCGAGUUCUCCCAGCGCGCUCAGAGCGCCCAUUCGCCCCAGGGAGAGGGAUACUACGCGCCGCGCCCUCUGAGUUCUCCCAGCGCGCUCAGAGCGCCCAUUGCCCCAGUGAGAUGGAUACUACGCGCCGCGCCCUCUGAGUUCUCCCAGCGCGCUCAGAGCGCCCAUUCGCCCCAGUGGGAGAGAUACUACCCGCCGCGCCCUCUGAGUUCUCCCAGCGCGCUGAGCGCCCAUUCGCCCCAGUGGGAGAGAUACUACGCGCCGCGCCCGCUCUGAGAAUCCCCUGCGCGCUCCGAACUCGCAAUCACCUUAACGGGGAAGAGACGCCUCCGAAUUCUCUCUGCGCGCCUGGGUCCUCCAGAAGCGCAGUGAACUGAGGACUUCGCAAAGCAACAAUAAACUAUUAAUUAAUAAUAAAUCCAUCCCCGCCCUCCCACCCCAGAAAACAUUCACCCGCCUGAGCUCUGACCCUGACGAACUCGCCGCUCUUUCUCUACCCGUUGGGUGGCGGGGGCAGGGGCAUUAGAGGGAAAUGGGUGCUGCGGGGCAGGAGAGAGUUGAUGAAAUCGCAUUUUCCAAAUAGACCUCUUGUUCCGCCCUUUGUUUUUAAAAGCCCCCCCCUCCCUCCCCAGCUGAAUAGUUCCCGUCACCCCGGUUAUCUUUUAAAACGAGCAAAACUCUUGGGAGCGAGGGUGGCUUCCGCCUUAGAACCAGCUGGGGCUUUGGGCAAAGGAAGCCGGCCCCAUGCUAACGCCGUGGGAACGCGGGCGCUGGACGGGACACGGGGGCUAGCGGGUGGCCGGGGAAAGCCGUGAGCUGCGAUGUCAAAGGGCGCCAGCCGGGUUGGCAAAGGCUGGCUCCGAUCUGGACGCCCCAUUCUCGCUAGCCGAGCAAGAUGUGUCUGUCCCCAAUCCCCCUCCCUGCCUCCCCACGGAGACACACCACCACCUUGUCAUCUGGCCUACAGUCAUUUCUACGACCCUUUUUAUACACGCCGCGUCCGGAGUUGGCUUCUGGAAGGGAGGAAGAAGAAAGAGGCGAAAUCCUCCCGCUUUCCUCUUUGUAAAUAGACGUAGCUGUAAAUCAUCGUUAUCUGUAUUUUUUCACUGUUUCUUGUUUUUGUCUGGCCACUUGUAAAAGACUUGAAAAGAUUAUGUACCCAUUUGACUCUCAGGGUAAAACAGAAAACUAUAGGCUUGUCACUUCGCCACGUUGUUGGUUAUUUUCUUUCGCGUUCUCACGGUUUUUUCAUACUUUUGAUUUAAAAAAAAAAAAGACUAACAGGUAAAAAUCAAAUCCACGGACCGCGAAAGGAGUCGUGUCUGGUCAGUCCCAGGUGGAGCGAGAGACGUUUAUUGGUUGCAACUUUUGUUUUUUUACAUUAAUCAUCUCUGUAUAUUUCUGGUUGUUACGAAAGUUUUAACUUUAUAAUUAAUGUAUAAGGUAUGGGAAGAAUGGGGAUCCAAAAUUAUAGAGAAAGAGAAAGCACUUUGUUUGCUAAACACUUUAAGUCACUCAAUAAACUUUAAGUAAACAGUGUCCUUCCUGGGUCUGUGUGUUUCUCUCAUUUUUUAACGCUGAAAUCUCUGAGGCGGCAACUUUCAGUUCACUUUGUAGGAGAAACAAAUAACUAAACGGAAUCAUUUCCCUUCUGUAGCUUUCUAAUAAAUCACACCCUAGUGCAAUGCCUUUGCCUUUAUCAUUUGUUUGUCCCAUUUGCU